UAAUAAAUAUUUUUCUUAUAAUGAAUUGUACAAUAAAAAAUUAAUAUUAAAUAAAUAUUAAAAAAACAUUUAAAAAUUAUUGUGUGUUGGUUGGGAUAGAGAAAGUGAAGAAAGAGAUGCUCGAGACAGAAGCUGAAGAAAAUAAGCAGACAAAAUUCUUACAGAAAUAAUGGACGUAGUUAUUUACUAUAUACUUCAGAAAUCUGAAAUGUUGUCUGUGUAUCUGGAAAGAUUAGCCAAAUUUGCGCACUGUACUAAUAUAAAUUUUUACCAAGAUGUAACUUGGAAUGAAAUUCUCAUUCACGCAGACGCGAAUGACAGCUUUUGUAAAAAGAAUAAAUACACUAGCAUUGCAAUCGCAGCAUAAUGCGACUUUAGGAACUGAUAUUAUUAAACAAGUGAUGCAACUUGGGAAAGCGGCUUAUGUUUUAUUAGAUACCGAUUGCGCCAAUGGAGAUCAUUACCAGAGCGAAAUUGAAGGACCAGAUUAUUGCAACACUCACUGCACCACAUUGUAUGAGCUUGUUGCUUUACAGCGUCACUAUCACAGUGUAGUAAGGCAAUUUGCUAAAAAUAUAGCGUAUACUACACCUAUGAGCGGUGAAAGUAGUUCGGCAACUGAAAUUGCAAAAUUAUCACCAGAAGAGCUCUACACGGAGUAUGAUCCUGCGAGUGUAGCAUUUAAGCCUGUUGUACCUAUUCCAAAGAUGUUGCUCGUUAAAAAAGUACUAGUUAAUUAUAAUUUGAGCGAUGCUGACGAUAGGAAGAUGGGAACCUUACCGAAGAAAAAAGCAAUAUGUAAAAGACUGAAGCUGUGAUAUUAAAUUAAUGUAAGUUAGUUUAAUAAUGCUUUUUACUGAUUUCUUGGAUACUAUCGUGAGUAGGAAAUUUACAAGAAAAAUUUCAAAAUUUAACAUAUUCACUCUUUUUUAUACAAUUAUAAAAUGGCUCCUCGAACGAAAUAUUCUUGUAAAUUUCCCGAAUGUGGUAAUUUUUACAACGCGAAUGUUGAUAAAGGCAUUAACAAGCAUUUUUUUAAAUUUCUGAAAAAUCACGAUCUUUGUGUUAAAUGGAAACUGAUUUGUGGCAUUGGCAUUAAUGUAAACUCUGAGAACAUGCGUAUUUGUGAAGAUCAUUUCCGAACAGUAGAUUUUGUUAACUUUACAAAGCAUUUGUUAAAUCCAAACGUGAUAUCGAAAAGAAGUGAAAAAUCAGGAUAAUUUAAUUCCUGUUCAAAUUUUGCCUCCAACAACUGAUGAAAACUUGAAUUCAUGUCGCCAGUUACGUGAUGCUAAUGCAUCUGCCGUUAAUACAAAUUCGUUUAACAGCGAUGUAAAUGCUGAUACUGUUUGUGAAGAAACUCCUGUUCAUAUGAUACUAAUACAUUUAAUAAUGUUGCUCAGUCAUGUCUUGUCAGUAAUAAUAGUAAAGAUGUUAAUUCUAUAAAAGAUUUAAAGGGAGGAAGAAUGUGAAGAAGAGACAAUGUGUAUAUGUGAUCAGGAAAGUUGCAAAAAUGGAAAUUCAUGUUCUGUUAACAAAGAAAAUAAUUGCCCAGAUAACACUUGUCCAAACAAUAAUGACGAAAAUUGUGAACAAAGAAACGAAAAUUCACGAUUAAAAACAGGAGUUUCAUCAGAAACAGAGUCAAAACGAUACAAACGCAUGUAUGAAAUUAAACGCCGUAUUUCAGUAAAACUGUUUAAAAUGAAGAAAAGAAUGUCAGAUACAAAAAACGCAUUAGCAAUUUUGAAAAAAAAUACGAUAAUAAUGUUUUCGAUUGCAUUAAUACACAAUUAAAUGAUAUUACCAAAGCAUUCAUUAAUUCACAAUUAGUGAAUGCUUCACGUAAAAAUUCCGGAAAAAGAUGGACAGAACAGGAUAAAGCGUUUGCUUUGUCAAUGUACACGCAGAAAAUUUUUCUCGAAAAUACAAGCAUACACGAAGAAAGUAAAUACCAUACUAAUCUUGCACGGCUAGGAUAUAGUCAUAAUAUGCAAAAGAUUUCAAGAAAGUAUAGGAAAUUUAGAGAGCAAAGAAUAAAACUAUACGCAGAAAUAUAUAUUUCUAUCAAGUAUGGGACUUUUUCGAGAGCGCGUUUUACCAUACGUAGAAUGCACGUAAAAGAAAAAUUACCAUACUAAAUAUGUCUUCUCUCCAUACUAUGUUGCAAUAUGUAUAAUUGCCUUAAUGGCAAUAAAAAUACUGAGGAUAAUUAAAUUAUAUAUAUAUAAAUACUUAUGUAUAUAUAAAUAUAAAUACACACUUUUCAAUGAUAAUUUCAUUUAUUUGGUAUUUCUUUAAAACCAUCUUUUAACAAUA